CGCUAGCAGCAGCUAGCGGUGUGCUAACAAAGCUCCGCGGAUCAGCCCCAGCUGAUUAUUGAUUAUUGAUCCGGUCUGUAGGUCUAUAGGCGGACUCAGCCUGCUGCAAGGUCCGGUCCAAGGUCCGGUUCGGUUCUUCUUUGAUUCGGUUUUUGAAAGCUGAGGAUGUCGGAGGAGCAAACCGUCUCUCUGGUUGAUGUUCUGGAGGAAGAUGAAGAGUUGGAGGAAGAAGCUUCAGCUGUGUUGGCAGGAAGUGACUCUGAUCACUGCUCGUAUCCUCAGGGCUAUGUGAAGCGUCAGGCUCUGUACGCCUGUAACACCUGCACACCAAAGGGAGGCGAGGCAGCCGGAGUGUGUUUGGCCUGUUCAUACAAAUGUCAUGAAGGUCACGACCUGUUCGAACUUUACACCAAGAGGAACUUCCGCUGUGACUGUGGAAACAGAAAAUUCUCCGAGCUGCAGUGUAAACUUUACCCCGAGAAGGACGAGGUCAACACUCUGAACAAAUACAGUCAUAACUUCUUUGGAGUUUACUGUACCUGCAGCCGGCCUUACCCAGACCCAGACGACCAGGUAGAGGAUGAGAUGAUUCAGUGUGUGGUGUGUGAGGACUGGCUGCAUGGCAGGCACCUGGGCUGUGUGGUUCCUGACUGUGUGGAGCUUCAAGAGAUGAUCUGUGAAACCUGUAUGAACAAAAACCCUUUCCUCUGGACCUACGCUGCUCACCUGGCAGUUCCAGGUGCAACCGUAGAGGUGAAGGAGGAACCAGGAGCAGAUGACUCAAACACAAACCUUCCUAACAAAGAAGAUAAGUGUGAUGAUGUCAUCCAGCCGAGCUGUAAGCGGAGCCGUGAGGACGCGGAGCCAAGCUGCAAACUGAAGCAGCUACAGGCGAUUGGCCAGAAAAGGGGCCAAUCAGGAGCUGUGUUCUGGCCCUCGACAUGGCGCUCCAAACUCUGCUCCUGCAACACUUGCCAGGAGAGUCUGUCUGGUGCCAGUCUGUCCUUUCUGUUGGACGAGUCGGACACUGUCCUCGCCUACGAAAACAAAGGAAAGAACAACGAACAGACGCAACAAGGAAAUGAUCCUCUGAUGUCAGCGCUUGACAACCUGAACCGAGUGCAGCAACUCGAAAUUAUUCACGGAUACAACGACAUGAAAACUGAACUGAAGGAUUUCCUGCAGAGCUUUGCAGCAGAAGGAAAAGUUGUGACUCCUGAAGACAUCCGCCAGUUCUUCGAACAGCAGCAGAGUCGGAAGAGACGGCGAGUCGAUGCUGGACGCUUCUACAGUACCUGAUGACCUUUAACCUCUGCUAAUCUUGAAAUAACCCUUUGACCUUUCCUGACCUCUGAAGGUCAUCUUGCAUCUUUUCUCUUCAUGUUUCCUGUCACGGAGUCAGUUUUGUGGAUUUUCUGGACAUUUUAAAGUUUUUAUGUUUUUAGCAUCGUCUGUUUGAGGUCACCACGUUCAUGUCUGUUUCCUUUUUAAUGAAAACUAAUAAAACUGAAUCAAUAUGGA